AUGUCACAGGUGAGUUCACAGGAUUUUCAAGGGAUGAUUAAAGUCCACAAAAACAGUUCCUACCUGUAUUUUUACCACGAUACAAAACAUGCCAAUAUCCUUAAUUCGUUAUGGAUGAUAUCUAUAACAUUCCUAUCUAUUGGAUAUGGUGAUAUUGUGCCAAACACAUAUUGUGGACGGACUAUAGCAAUAGCAACAGGGGUUAUGGGCGCUGGAUGCACUGCCCUUGUUGUUGCUGUAAUUGCACGGAAGCUGGAACUCAGUCGAGCAGAGAAACAUGUGCACAACUUCAUGAUGGACACACAGCUAACAAAGAGACUAAAAAAUGCUGCUGCAAAUGUAUUACGAGAAACCUGGCUUAUUUAUAAAUACACUAAACUUGUGAAAAAAGUCAACGCUAGCAGAGUUCGGAGUCACCAAAGAAAAUUUCUUCAAGCCAUUCACAGUCUUCGAAGAGUUAAAAUGGAUCAGAGGAAAUUAAACGAAAACCAAAACACAUUAGUGGAUAUGGCUAAGGGCAUAGGAAACGCAGGGUUGGACCCGCUUACCCGUGGCAUCUAUAUAUCCAUUCCGCACGCCCAAUACCAGCAGACCCAGGUCCAAAUCCAGGAAUUGGUUACUGAUAUGCACAGCAAUCAAAGUUCUUUGGAGAAAAGAGUCACUAAAUUAGAAGAAAGGCUCACAUCACUCCAGGUAGAACCCCUACUUCAUCCAUAUUCUGUCUUCCCUUUUUUUCAAUUAACCUGA